UAUAAAUUCAGGCACAUUUGAUACAGUUGAAGACUCAUAGCCGACCUUUCUUCUGACUUCAACAAACCUCAUCACUUGUCAAACAUGACCGGACAAUUUAGUGAGACCAAGAAUGCCACUAAGGAAAUUCAGGUGAUUUGUGAUCAGGUGAAGCACAAAGUAGAGAAGUACCCUGAAUUCAUAGCGGUUAAAUAUAGAGAGCAGAUUGUGGCUGGACAAAACUUCAUCAUUAAGGUUCAUGUUGGAGGAGUAAACUACAUCCACCUGAGUGUCUUCCAAGCACUUCCAUGUGAUGGAGGACAGGUUGUGUUGCGUGGUGUACAAGAGCAUAAAACCGAAGAUGACCCUCUCGUACCUUUCUAAAGUGCUCACACUGCCUGUGUCAGCGGUUGCAGUGUCAUAUUAAAACGCUCUGCUUCUUUUAUUUUGAAAUGAUUCUACACUGCAAUAUUCCUUUAAAAGUGAUUUGAAUCUUUGACUUUAAAUGAAUUAAUUGUCUAGAUUUAUCUGGUGUUGGGCAGGAGCAAGCUGAAUGCACUACUUUCUAAAAAGAAAUAAAAUAAAGCAUUUAAAAAUCCUUA